AUGCCCGACAGCUCAUCGAUGAGCUCUUCUCAAUCCAACCAGCCUUCGCGCUCCCUAUACCCGCAGGGCCCCAAUUUCACCCUUGAAGAUUUCUCGAGUCGCGACUUCAUCGUCAAAGAUUUCAUCGAGUCCCUCUCCGAAAGUGCAAUCCAGCAGCGCCGCUCGGCCGCAGGCGCCUCCGCCAGCGCCAACCAGCCCUUCGACCCGAAACCCCUGAUCCGCGCCUUUGAGCAUGCGCAGCGCCGCCUCAACGAACUGUCGGGGGAUCUGGAGAUCCGAGAGAAUGAGCUGUCCGCAGCCGUGCGGAGGGCGGAAGCCCAGCAUGCGCAGAACCUCAGCACGCUCGGCCGCAAGCUGAAACAGACGAUCGAGGAGUUUCAGAAAUUGGAUACCUCGCUCAACGCAGCUGGGCUCGGUGGCGCGGGCGAUGGCAAUAUCGCGGUGGAGACGGGCAAGAAACUGGAAGAACUCGACCGGCAGAGACGGCGGGCGCUGGAUGCGCACUUCUUGAUCGAGUGCUGGGACGAAGUCAGCAACCGGGGAGAAAUCACGCUCCUGGAGAACCUUCGACGGUCUGGCAGCAGCGAGGGGAAAUUACGGUCCGCCCACAUCGCCAAACAGCUUCUGCGAAUCAGUCAACGACUCGACCCGAAAAGCUGGGAUGAUACCGGUCCCAAACCCAACGGAUCUCAGGCCAACGGUGCCUCGUCUCCCGCGUUAAGUGGGAGCAGCGGAGAGAACCAGCCCAGAAAGAAUACCAGAGAAAUCAUUGAGAAGUUUUCAGAGACGCUCGAGAAGGAUCUGCUCAAGCAAUUUGAUGACUUCUACCGGAAAGCCAACUUCGAGGGCAUGAAAGAUUGUGCUACCGUUCUCCGCGACUUCAACGGAGGCGCCAGUGUCAUUGCGCUGUUCGUCAACCAGCACCAGUUCUUCAUCGACCGAAGUCAGCUAGUGACGGAGGAAGUGGGUGGUGAUCCAGAGACGUGGGAGAAACUGGCAGACCCGGAUGCCGACCCCCCCGGCGUUGAGCCUAGUUUGCAAUCGCUGAUCGACGACGUCAAGGUGGUGGUCCAGGAAGAGUCGGCCAUCAUCCGGCGCGCCUUUCCAUACUACGAGGAGGUCCUGGGGCGGUUUCUACAACGGGUCUUCCAGCAGUCGAUUCAGCAGCGUCUGGAGAUGGUCUUGGACAAGGCCAACAGUGUAUCCUCUCUAGCCUUCUUACGGUCUCUACAGAGUUCGAGGAACUACAUCAGUCAGCUGGUGGAUGAUUUGAAGGCACACGGGCUGACAGAACACCCCGAGGCCAUCUCCUCGCAGACGGCUAUCAUCCUCGAUCAGCAGCUGGAGGAUCUGUUUGUUCCCUACUUUGUGGGUUCCUCCUACAUUGAGAGGGAGAAGAAGAACCUGGAGGAAUUGUAUACCUCUCUGCUGUUCAAGUUUACGGCAUUCCACUCGCGUCGCAAGAAGGCCGCCACCACUUUCAUGGCGUCCCUAGCGAAGAGCAGCAGCGAACUCCUGGCGUCCGCGAAGGAUGCAUAUCUCUCCCGGCUGGAAUCGUCCGACUUUACGCCGACGCAGCGACAGAUGCUGUUGAAGGUUGCCGGGCUCAGGGAGCCUGGCGAUUCGGCCAGGCAGAGUGAGUCGGAAUUCAGCGAACAAGACGGCCAGCUCUCGGUCGAGUUUGCGAAACGGAUGAUCAAAUGGUUGGCCGAAGGCGUUGGCCGCAGUCUGGAGCUGAGUAUGGGCAGUGAGACACCCAAGGAUGUCGCCACGCUUCUCAACCUGCUCCUGUCCACGAUGGCCGAAAACUACGUGGAGGUGGCACUCGAAGCGUCUCUCGAUGCGGCGGCUUCACAGGAAUCGGCCAAGGCCGAACCGGACUUUUCGUACCUGGCCAGUAUUCGCGCCGCCGUCAGCAUCACGCAUCUGAUGAUGACAUGCAUCGAUACGGUGCUAAUUCCGCUGGCGGCGAACAGCAUCACGACGCGGCGGGAGAUGGAGAAGAAGACGAAUCUGACUGUCAAUCGGAUUGAAGACAAGAUCAAUGCCAUCGAACAGAAGACGAUCGACGUGGUGCUGGCGUGGGUCAACAAGCUGCUGGGAGGUCAGAAAAAGAACGAUUUCCGCCCGAGGGAGGGCGAUUCAUCGGCGUGGUUGGAGAUGUUGCAGACACCGACAUGUGCCUCCAUCUGCACAUUCUUGACGCGGCUGCACAACACUAUUCUUACGUCUCUUCCGUCGAGCGGCUCCAAUAUUCAAAGUCUACUGACGGAAGUUGCUCUGGGAGUUCGCAGCCUGCUUCUGGAGCACUUUAAGCGCUUCCCGGUCAACGCGCCGGGUGGACUGAUGGUCACCAAGGACAUGACGCGGUACGUGGAGUUGCUCAAGUCCUGGCAGAUCGACGAGGACCUCAAGGCAGUGGGAGGCCCGUUGGACGUGCUGCUGGAGGUGGGCAGUUUGUUUGUGGUCGGCCCUGAAGCGCUGCGGGAGAAGCUCCGGGGUGGUGCAGCGGGCGGCACGACAGGCAGGAAUAACGCGGGUGCCAGCAGCGGAGGCGCCGACAGCAAAGGCGUCGGCCUGUCGGUGCAGGAAGUGCGGGCCUACGUGCUGAGGAGAGAGGAUUCCAACACGGUGGCGAUGCAGGGGGUGUUGAACGCUCUAUAG